GUCUCGGUAGGAUUUGGUGGACGGACGUGAUGAAGACCUUUCCGGCCGUGUUUUCAGACGCCUGGGGUCGUGAUUGCUAGGGUGGAUCUUCGGUUUGCUCAGAAGCCGCUGUGGUCGAGAAUGAGCGGAACCCUGGGAAAGGUGCUGGGCGUGUGGACCAAUACUGUUUCUAAGCAAGGCUUUUCCCUCCUAAGAUUCAGAAGUUUGGGCGAGAAUCCCAUUUUUUCUGCAGGUGGUAUUCUGUGGACCAGUCGGCACUACAAGACAAAGCCCACUCAUGGCAUCGGAAGAUACAGACACUUGGUGAAAGUGCAAGAGCCCAAAAAGAAGAAAACAAAAGUAGAAGUGAGAGCCAUUAAUGUGGGGACAGAUUAUGAAUAUGGGGUUUUAAACAUCCACCUGACAGCAUAUGACAUGAGUCUGGCAGAAAGUUAUGCCCAGUACGUCCACCGCCUCUGCAACCGGCUGUCCAUCAAAGUCGAGGAAAGUUAUGCAAUGCCUACCAAAACCAUAGAAGUGAUGCGACUACCAGACCAAGGCAACAAAAUGGUCCUAGACUCCGUCCUUACCUCCCAUGAGCGAGUGGUGCAGAUCAGCGGUCUGAGUGCUACAUUUGCAGAGAUUUUCUUGGAAGUACUCCAAAGCAAUCUUCCAGAAGGAGUCAGAUUGUCCGUGAGGGAGCACACUGAAGAAGACUUCAAGGGAAGGUUCAAAGCUCGGCCUGAACUGGAAGAGUUGUUGGCCAAGUUGAACUAAAAAUUCUGCAAGCCCUUCAUGUGAUUGUUGGUCUCUGAGAAGCUGCUCCUGCAAGACCAGGGUUAAGGAUGAGCGUGAACGCUCAUGCUGGGAAUGCCUCCUUGCAUCUGUGCAGCGGGCUUGCCAGUUACCACUUCCCAUAACAAAACCUAGGACCUUCUCCACCUAAUAAAUGUCUGCUGUUGCCAGUGUGUGUGUGUGUGUGUGUGUGUGUGUGUGUGACUGGCUUUGGCUGUGUGUGUUUAUCAGUUAUCUUGUGAGGUAUCUUUAAGGAAUUCUGUUUCUCUUUGUCUGAACAUGUUCUCAUCCUACCAUACUGUUUUAGAGUGAAUUCAUUCUCUAAAACAGUCUGAUGUAAACUGAUUGUUUGUUUGAGACACUGUCUCUCUGUAGCCUUGGAACUUGCUAUAUAGAUGAAGGUAGCCUCAAACUCACAGAGAUCCACCUGCCUCCUUUCCCCCAAUUUCCACCCUCCAAAUGCUGGGGUUAAAGGUUGUCUGCCAUUGUGCCCAAUAUGAGCUCAUCUCUUAAAGUAAUACUACAGCAUGGAGGUUUAUGAUUAAGUAGAGAUUGCAACAAAAGCGAACUCUGUAUUAGUCUAUUUUUUGUUGCUAUAAUGAAGUUCCUGCAUCUGGGUUCUUUAUAAAGAAAAAGGGUUUAACCAAUUGUAACAGUACAUACCUGUACUUUCAGCACUUAGGAGGUGGAGGAUUAAGAGUUCAGGGUCAUCCACAGGUAUAUAGUGAGUUCCAGGACAACUUGGGUCACAUGACAUACAUACAUACAUGCAUACAUACAUAAAAGAUGCUUGCUAAAUGUGAUUGCAUGUAUCACCCCAGCAUCCAGGAGCUUGAAGCAGGAGGAUUGCAGGUUUAAAAUAUUGAGGGGAAGGAAAUCUAACAGCAAGCUCUUGCAAGCUGUGAGUGAAUCACCAGCUACCAACUCCCCUCAAAAGUCAUAGACCCACCAUACAGACCAGAAAACAAGUUGUGUGAAGUUACAGUAGCUUACCAAGGAAAACAACUCACAAGUUUUCUUGUGUAGAAGGCUGGAUACAACAUGGGCUGUCUGCUUCCCCUUAUAAAGGUUGUCUUAAGGAGGAAGGGGCAGAUGUUUCAACCUGGAGCUAGAUGUGUGCUCCAUUUGGUUUCAUUAUAUGUGACCCUAAGAGUCUGUUUCUCCUUAGUCCUCACUGCAGAAUCCAGUGAAGCUUGUGACUGUUUUGUAGCCUCGAAGAUCUAUCGGUCAGACUAUCUCCUAUCCCUCUUACUAGAUAAGCAAAUGUUAAGAGCCAUUUCCAUUUCUCAGAGCAGAGUAACAGAAGCCUUUUGAUUCUAAGAGGAGGAUACAUCAUGAACUAGGUCAGUGCCACAAGUUCUCCAAAGUGACAGAAUCCAGUCGCUUCCUGCUUAAGAGAUAAGCCUGACUCACCCCUCAGCAGUGAUGGGAAGGAAGCCUCAGACUGGGAAACAGGACCGAAUCCUGCUGCCACUCUGCCAAGCGAUGUCCUGUGACCUUGGGCAAAGCAUGCUCUCUAGAGCCUUAGCUUCUCAUUGCUGAGAGUCAUGUGGGCUGGCUGACUAGUUCCUACGUAUUUCAGCUGCAGUGUGUUGUCAAUAAAAUCUCAAGUCCUGCUCCCACAUACUGGUAAAUAGGAAGUCUGGGUAACCAGAAGACUCUGCCAGGUUCUGAAAUGGAGCACAUGUGACACUGCCCACUGCCCAUGUGCUAUGGGAGCAGAGCAGUGCAUGUGUGUGUGUGUGUGUGUGUGUGUACACAUGUGCACACAGUUAUUUACCUGUGAAUCUUCACAUUGUUAUAUACCCUGAACUUUACUCUCAUUGGCCAGAUACUGUUAUUUUAUUUUCUUGAUAGAAAUUCAGCAAUAAGCAGUUCUAUCCCAGAACAUCACUCUGCACCUGAGAAAUUCUGCCUAUAAUCACAGCAGAGUUCACGUGGGAAAUCCUGACCUGCUGAGCAUGGUACUUGAAUUCAGUUGUUCCCCACCCCCACCCCCACCCCCACCCCCAACCCCCCAACUACUAGUCUUAGUGGUGUUUUUAGUUUUUUGGUUUUGUUCUGUUUCGAGGUAAGAGUCUUGACAUGUAGCCUGGGCUGGCCUGGCCUGGCAAAAUGCUUCUGUGUUUGCAGACACAUACUUGCCCAAGAGACUGGUAAGGGAAUAAGAGCUGCUGUGUACCUUGCACAAGGUCUAGCUCAGUAAGCAGCUAUUCUCCAUGAAGACACAGACGCUCAGAAGCAAGCGCACCAGAGUCACCUGGAUUAGAUUCUCAGAGAGGCAACCCAGCAGCGACAUCUGAGAAAUGAUAAGAUUCAAAGGCCGUGGAUUCUCAAACGGUAUAUUUGAGUCACAGAGAAAAGGAGUGAACCAGUUUGGCCAUUUGGGAACUGCAGCAGUACUGAGCCUCUGGUCUUCCAUUUCUAGGACUCGUGGAUUUAGGGAAGGAGUGAUGUCCCAGUAUGUAUUGGCAUGAGCUAGACCUGAUAGAUGCUGUAGGCAGAAGUGGCCAGGCACUUGUGCUUGUUUUUUUUCUGUGCUUACAUUUCUCUGUGCUGUUUUUAAUCCAGAUGCCUACAUCACCUGGCUGCUGCACUUCCCUGUAAUAACUCAUUCUCAGACCUUUCUGCUCACUUCUGGGACAUUCCUUUGCAGAUAGUACCCAGAUUAAAAAAGAAUGAAUUCUUUAGAAUAAUAGUUGCUAAGCAGGAGAAGAUGGUUCCCUACUUCCCUGCAGCCUUAAUGCCUGGCUGGAGCAGAGGAGGGAGCCCUGGCUUUCUCUGCAGAGGAGAUGUAUACAAUUUCAGUUUGGAUUCACUCCAGUUCUCUUUGGGUUUCUAAAGUCAGCAGCUCAAGGAUGCAGUCUGGCCACUUCGCUGUGGGUGGGCAGGAGGGAAGAGGACCUUACUCAUUUAGCAAAAUGCACUACAGUGCAUCUUUAUACCAAGCACAAGGCCAAGUCCCAGGCCAGGACCUUGCAGGGAGGAGCUAACACAUGGGUCUUCCCUAAGCCUCUUGAAGAGGGCCACCCAGCUAAGAAGUCCUGUAAGCAAAGUUUUAGGGAAAAGUUCCCCAACUCUAACAACUCCAGCAGGCUAGCUUGACAACCCAUCCCAAUGAGACAAUUAGACUAACGGCCGUGAAAAGGUAGGGGUGAUUUAGUACAGUGGAAAGAGGAACCUGUUUGACUUUGUGGACUGACAUGGACUUUAGGUUUAAAUAAAAGCAUUGGGGCAUAAUUAAGUAGACCUGUUCACAGUAUGGUCUCUUUGAUCUUUGUCUCAGCUCUAGUAAUGUAAAGUGGCUUGAAAAAAAUCUUGGGGCUAGAGAGGUGGUUCAGUUGCUUUUGCAGAGGACCUGGCUUUAGUCCCCUGCACCCACGUUGUGCCUCAAACAUAAGCAACGCCAGUUCCAGGGGAUCUGAUGCUCUCUUCUGGCCUUGGUAGGUACCAGGCCCACAUAAACACAUACAUGCAGGCAAAACUCUUAUGCAUAUAAAAUAAAUAUUAAAAAUUU